AUGCCUGAUACAGUAAAAGGUUUAAAGGAAGCAAACAAGGCACUGCGCUCUGAAAUUGAGGAAUUAAAGUCUCAACUAAACGAAGUCAGCCAAAAUAUUACCUCACAGACCAACAAGAAACCGGCCAUUGAAGAUCAGCCGCAGGUCAUGUCAAACGACCACAAUAAAGCAGUAGAGUUUAUCGGCAAACAAUACGACGAUCUGGAUGCAUUUCGAAAACAAGCUACUCAAGAUAUUAAGAAAAUCGCUUCAAGACUUGAUAAAUUUAGUAGAAGCUGCGACGAAAUAUAUGAAGCCAUCGAAGCUAUCGAGACGUACAGCUAUCAGUAUAAUAUUAAGAUAGUUGGACUGCCGCCAGUUAACGACAAAGAAUCGUCUGAUGUGACUGCAGCGCUUUGUGUAAAGCUUUUUUCAGCAUUGCGUGUAAAUGAUGUCUCUCUACAAGAUAUAGACACUGCCCAUCAUGUCCCGAAGCGGAAUCGAAAUUCACCUGCUAGUCCAGACCCAAUAAUCUGCAAAUUCGUCCGAAGGCUUGUUAAGACAAAGUCAUGGCGGCAAGACGUAAAAUAUACGAUCUAA